AUGGAUGAGUGGGUUCGCCAAGCAGAGGCGUGGGCGGGCCAAGCAGAGCACUGGAUCCGCCAGCAACCCCCGGAGCAGAUUUACGUCGCGGUCGCCGUGAUUAUUGUAACGAUUCUGGUGCUGGUCGCAGCUUCUUGUCUGAAAUCAUCGAAACCUAACACCAUAGUUCUAUCCGGGCUUAGUGGCAGCGGCAAAACUGUUCUUUUCUAUCAGCUUCGCGAUGGAUCAUCACAUCAGGGAACCGUGACUUCGAUGACACAUAACAAUGCUACAUUUGUUCUGCACUCGGAGCUGGAAAGGAAAGGCAAAGUAAAACCUGUUCAUGUUAUCGAUGUUCCUGGUCAUGCAAGGCUGAAAUCGAAGCUUGAUGAAGUCCUGCCUCAGGCAGCUGGGAUUGUUUUUGUCGUGGAUGCUCUAGAUUUCUUGUCUAGCAUGCAAGCUGCUGCGGAGUACUUGUAUGACAUUUUGACGAAGGCAACUGUAGUGAAGAAAAGGAUUCCUGUUCUGAUAUUCUGCAACAAGACAGAUAAAGUUACAGCUCACUCAAAGGAGUUCAUCAAGAAGCAGUUGGAGAAAGAAGUAAACAAGCUCCGGGAAUCAAGGAACGCCAUAUCAUCCGCUGACAUCAGUGAUGAAGUCCAACUUGGGUUACCUGGAGAGGCAUUCAACUUCAGCCAGUGCCAGAACAAGGUGAUAGUUGAUGAAGGUGCUGGUCUGACUGGUGAUGUUUCAGCAGUUGAGCAGUUCAUCCGCGAGUAUGUGAAGCCGUAG